UUAGCUUUUGUAUUUCGUGUGCUGCUGUAUUUUUUUUUUUUAAUUAUAUUAUUAUUAUUAUUUUAUAUUGACGCCUUGGAUGUCCCUUAGCUCAUCUGAUAUUAACUGCAAACCGAGUUUGACUUUUAAAUCGAGUCUGUCGUAGGGGACCGUUCAAGAAACAGUCGUUGAGUUGACCUAAUUUGCUAGCAUUUGUUAGCAGCUCGGAAGGCUAACGGGGAUGGCUUACAGGAAAACUCUCAAACUUAUUUUCGGUUUCGCCGGAGGUUCUGCCGCCCUGGUGCUGGCGGCUGCCGCUGCCGACUCUCGCGGCUAUUUCGGCGAGAGAAGAACCGAGGCGGGCGGUCGCUGGUCAAGACUGUCCGCGCUUCAAGCCGCGCAGCCGGCGUGGACGUCAACGAGCAUCACGCCAGCGCCGACUGGACACGCGUGGGACGUCAACUGGGACAAGAGAGAACCUUCAACACUGUCAAAUGGCAAGAAGAAGGAGAGUGCAACUGAAGAUCCCAGCUCAGAGCAGGACAAUGGCAAACCAAAAGCCACGCGUAACAUCCUCCUCAUCAGACACUCUCAGUACAACCUGAGCGGGAGCAGCGACAAGGAGCGCGUCCUCACUCCAUUGGGUCGAGAGCAGGCCGAGUUGACAGGUCAUCGUCUGUCAGCACUCGGACUGAAAUACGAUGUUCUGAUCCACUCCAGCAUGGCCAGAGCCACAGAGACGGCACACAUCAUCAGCAAACACCUUCCAGGCGUGGAGCUGCUGAGCUGUGACUUGCUCCGAGAGGGCGCGCCCAUCGAGCCAGUUCCGCCCGUCACUCACUGGAAGCCUGACGCUGUGCAGUACCAUGAGGAUGGAGCACGCAUCGAGGCAGCCUUCCGCCGCUACAUCCACCGGGCAGACCCAAAGCAGAAGGAGGACAGCUACGAGAUCAUCGUGUGCCAUGCCAAUGUCAUCCGCUACUUUGUCUGCAGGGCCCUGCAGUUUCCACCUGAGGGCUGGUUACGUAUGGGAUUGAAUAACGGCAGCAUCACGUGGCUCACCAUCCGCCCCAGCGGCCGGGUGGCCCUCCGAACUCUGGGAGACGCAGGAUUCAUGCCACCAGACAAACUAACACGAACCUGAUUGGCCAACACGCUGAAUUUCCUGGCCCAGACUCGAGAUGACGGGCUGGUCACAGGGUCAAGCUCAGUUUUCUCCUUAAGUGUCUUUCUUCGGAUAUUGAAGUGUUUGUUGUUAAACCGCCGCCAUGUGUGCUUGAAGGACUGUGGUGAGUGGUAGUGUUGUGAUUGCGUCCAUGCCAGACAACACCAACAGAAUGUAAUUGAGGAUUUUUUUUUACGAGAGCAGUUCCAAACCAAGAAGUUGUUUGUGUAGCUGUGAGCAUUAAUGGAAUCGAAUAGGGAAGCGUUAUUGUCACUGUAAGCAGAGCAGAGUUAAUAAUGCAACUCUUUAAAAUUUGGAACGUCCCAAAAGUUCUACACCAAAGUUCGAACUGUCUUUUUAUGUUGUGGUGUCAGCAUAUCACUGAUCUGCCAAAGUGCACCUCAGUAGACCUGGUCGGUGCGUUCUACAGUUAUUUGUACCGUUGUGAGCUGAUGUUUGCUCCACCUUUUAUCUUCAAUAAAGAUGACGAA